GGACGCCUGCUUGCGCGUGGCCUAGCCAUCUUCUCGCCGUCGCCUGGGCAGAGGCCUAAAGCCCCAGGGGAGUAGAAGUGCAUCCUCCUAAAGAAGAUUAAAUCAGAGGAUCUUAAAUCAGUUACCCCUCUGCCCCAGACUGCAGUGAGCCCUUCUAAGUUAAUCCCAGAAUGGCUUCAACAGGGGAACAGGAUGGACUUAAGCUUGUGAAGGUGGAGGAAGACCCUAUCUGGGACCAAGAAACCUACCUUCGAGAGAACAGCUUUUCUGGCCAGGAGGCUUCCCGCCAACUUUUUAGGCACUUUUGUUACCAAGAGACUCCUGGUCCCCGAGAAGCACUGAGCCGGCUUCGAGAACUCUGUCAUCAGUGGCUGAGGCCAGACACACAUACCAAGGAGCAAAUCCUGGAGCUCCUUGUGCUAGAGCAGUUCCUGUCCAUCCUGCCUGAGGAGCUCCAGGCCUGGGUGCGGGAGCACCAUCCCAAGAGUGGGGAGGAGGCAGUGGCUGCAGUUGAAGAUCUGGAGCAAGAGCUAAGUGAGCCAGAGAACCAGGCCCCAGAUUGUGAACAUGGACAUUCUGAAGUGCUCUCAGGGGACGCAGUGCAUUUGAAGGUCAAGCAGGAGUCAACAGCCCUCCAGCUUCAGUCCAUGGUGACACAGCUCAAAUAUGAAUCUUUUGGGCCCCACAAAUUUGGAGAACAAGAUGGUGAAACUGUACUUGAAAACCAGGAUUUGGCAUUGAAACAAGAAGUCUUAAAAGAAAUGGGACAUUUUGAGAAUAGCAGACUCCAAAGAGAUGUUCCUUUAGAGUCUAAGUACAGAGAAACUUGUAAACAUGAGAGCAUGGUAGAAAAGCAGAGGGGACACCCCACUGGAGAGAGACGUCACAGGUGCAACGAAUGUGGAAAAAGCUUUACUCAGAGUUCAGUUCUCAUUCAGCACCAGAGAAUUCACACAGGGGAGAAGCCAUAUGAAUGUGAAGAAUGUGGAAAGACCUUCAGCCAGAGGUCAGGCCUAGUUGAACAUCAGCGGAGCCACACUGGAGAGAAACCCUAUCAAUGUAAGGACUGUGGGAAAGCCUUCAGUGCCAGCAAUGGCCUCAUUAGACACAGAAGGAUCCACACAGGGGAAAAGCCAUAUGAAUGUGAAGAGUGUGGGAAAGCCUUCCGCCUGAGCUCAUACCUUGUUCAGCAUCAGAGGAUACACACUGGAGAGAAGCGCUAUCACUGUAAUGAGUGUGGUAAAGCUUUCAGUCAGAAUGCGGGGCUUUUCCAGCAUCUCCGAAUCCACACUGGUGAGAAACCCUAUCAGUGCAGUCUGUGCAGUAAAAGCUUUAGUAGACGAACACUCCUUAUAAAACAUCAGAGAAGCCACACUGGAGAGAGGCCGUAUGUGUGUGAUGAGUGUGGGAAAGCCUUCAGUCAUCAUUGCAACCUCAUUAGGCAUUUUCGAAUCCAUACUGUUGCCAAACUGGACUAAUCCCAUGGACCACCAGGGCCCCUAAAUGAGGUGAUCUUGGAAAGUAAGAUUUUCAAGUGGCUUAUUUUGCUCUUAGGAAAUUUAUUUUGCUUCAGAAUGUGUGGCUUUUCUGUAGACCAGGUGGUGCUAUUUCCUGGGUGGAUGAUCUGUGGAUGUGGGCAGUUGCUUGGCAGCCUUUUUCUUCCCUGUCCCUUGGUUCAUUUCUAACACUUUCCUUUAAAGGGAACAAAUCUUACCUGGAAAUAAAUUGGUAUGGAGGGGCCGUUAUUGAGUAAUAUUUAGUAUUGAACAACACUAAAUAACUAGCAUUCAUGUAUACUUUUUAAAGAUUGGUUCCAUUCAAAAGAUAUUCAUAGGUGAGUCUUUUUUUUUUUUUCUUUUCUUGUAAAAGUGACAUUUUGAACACAAGGUUUGGGGGAAUUAGAAUCAUUCCCAUUCCCAUAGGAAAUCAUUGCCACAGUCUCCCCAGGAAUGUAAUAGAUGAUCUCUUUGGUGAUUUCAUUAGAAUGGGUGGCAAACUCAUUUAUUAAGCAGCAUUACCCAUGGUGUGAAACCUGUAGAUUUGGUGGUUUAGAAAUCUGUGUUCCAUUUUGAUAGCUAACUGCAAAUUCUCAGUGCAGGUCAUUACCAUGUUUAAGGUUUUCAUUUUUGUUAUAAAUAACAAAUAAGAUGAUAUUUUAAAACCUUUGCAGUGUGCCUGUUUUAUUCAAAGCCUUUUCUGCCACUGCCUUUUGAAGGUUAGUCAGCAACUUGGAAGGCCAUUGGGAGCAGCAUCAUUGAGACUCUAUAAAAAAAGGAGCCUCUGACUUUUGGCAGCUUGCUGCUUAACUGGGGAGGCCAGCAGGCUCAGGCCAUUUACUGUCAGGUUUAAACACACAGGUCUGGCACCACACUGUAUAGAUUCAAUACCUGCCUCCAUCUGUGAGCUGUGUGACUUUGGGCAGUUUAAUUAAAUGUCCCUAUGUCACAGUCUCCCUGUCUGUAAAAGAGGGGAUAAGAAUACCUUUCUCAUAGGGAACAUAAGAUUAAAUUAAUACAAACUUAUAAAGCACUGAAAACAUAACUCUCAAUAAAUAUGCACUAUGAUUUACAUAAGAAAUAACUUAAUACCAUCUAAUGAAUGUUGGUAGAAUUGUAAGUUUCAUGUUUGAACUAAAUAGAAUGUUAAAUGCUUCUGCUGACAGUCUCAUUAUACUUUUCUCCGCAGUCAAAAUCUGAAUCAAAAUUUCAAAAGAAAGGAAAUAAAAGUUCAA